AUGGCCCGAUCACCGUCCCCCAGCCCGAGGGCCACGAAAACUGCGAGUAGAGCACCGUCCGUUGCUGAUAUGUCCAUUCUGUCUUCUUCUGUUGCCUCUUCACCGGCGCUGCGGCCUACGACAAUAUCGUCUCCAGACGAUGACGGCGAACUCAGCACCUUGCCAGAUCCGCGCAGCCGAGCUAUGAGCCCUGCAAGCGAAGCCGAGACUGUCCAUCACCCCGAUUUAAACGACGAAGUUGCCACUUUGAGCGCCAAGUUGAUCAACGCUAUCAAUCAUCAGACAACUCUUGAUGACUCUCUCUCUGCUACGAGACAGGAAUUGGAAAGAGCACGCGAAAAGAUUAAGCACCUGGAGGAGCAAACCGAAUCUCAACGGGAAAUGCUUGCUGGCGACAUCUGGAUUCGUCGGAAGACCGCAGAAGAUGAGAAGAAGAUAAUCAUGCUCCGUGUUACGCAAGAGAAGAAGCUACGGGAGGACGCCGAGAAGGAGAAGAAGAGAAUCGAACAAGAACUGGAGAACCUGACCACGGCCUUGUUUGAAGAGGCCAACAACAUGGUCAUUUCUGCCAAGGAAGAGGCGCGACUGGAGCAGGAAGCCCUUCAGAAGAAAAAUGACCACCUCAGGUCUCAGCUGGGCGAUAUGGAAGCCUUGCUGACCUCGCAGCAACAGCAACUUGCUGAUCUCAAGCACGUCAUGGAGCAAAUGACCGCUGGUGAAGAAGACACUAUGACCGGAACCGCUCCCUCCUCGCCCGGCUUCAGCAAACUAGAUAUCAAAGACGACGAGGGCCCGGAGGGAUUUGUCGCCUCGCCUCCUGCGGACCCGACUACGCCGACCUAUCCUACGAGCUUGACACAUCUCAUCCAGCCAGUUCUCAGAACCGACUUGGGUGCAUAUGAGGACUUUGUCAACCUCACACGUUUGUCUCGGAAUCGCGCGGGAAGCCGUGUUUCGUCCGGCUCGUUCAACGGGCUUAACGGACUCGGCCUUGGAAUGGGUGGUAGCACUUCGAGCGCCCAUCCCUCCAACGCCUCAACUGCUUCUCUGUCUACCACCGGAACCCCUGCAACAUCGUCGCCACAGACACCCAACACUCCGGCCUCCGUCUCAAGCGCAGCUUCAUCCAAUUUGGGGCCGCCCCCACCGGCUCUCAAAGAAACAAAGUUUUUUAAACGUGUCUUGGCCGAGGAUGUCGAGCCGACACUCCGACUAGACAUUGCCCCGGGUCUUUCUUGGCUUGCGCGUCGCAGCGUUUUGAAUGCUAUGAGUGACGGCUCGAUUGUGGUCGAGCCAAUUCCUAUCAACGCACCGUUUGCAUCACUUGUCAAGCCACAAUAUUACUCUUGCUCUUUGUGUGGCGAUGCCCGCAAGGACGAGGAGCACCUGCGAACUUACCGCUUCCGAACGAGCGAGUCCGACACAGCACAACGGUACCCCCUUUGCAAGUAUUGCUUAGGCCGUGUGAGGUCUACUUGCGACUUCCUCAAUUUUCUACGCAUACUGAAAGACGGUCAUUGGCGAGCGGAUGACGAGGACGCAGAGAAGGCAGCUUGGGAGGAGAGCGUUCGCCUGCGCGAGCGAAUGUUUUGGUCUCGCAUAGGCGGCGGUGUUAUCCCAGCUGGCCAUCCUGUCACUUCCUCGGACAAGAGCCCAAGAAUCAGCCAAGAAAGCGCCUCUGUGGAUGCUGCACCAAAGAUAGCCGCGACGGCAGUAGAAAGCUCCGGCGACGAUGUCACUCCCUUUGCCACCCCUUCAGAGGAGACCGUGAUUCCGCUGGACCUGGUGGCCUCGCCGGCUCGGCCAGAAACACCUUGCCCGAGUCAUCGAAACUCGAUACAAUCUUUGUCACCUGGGAAUGAUGGUAUUACAGAAAUGGAGAGAGACAGACAUCUCUCUAUCAACAUUCCCAUUACGCAGAAACAGCAGCCUAUGGCCAACACCUCCGAAUGA